UACAAUUAUUGGGGAGUUAAAUGAAGGUGGGUGCUUAAAAUAUAGGAUCGAUGUGGAUCAACUUAAAAAUGUAACCAUUGAUGUUCUUGCAGGUAAUCUGUAUUAUGAAAAACAAAAUGUUUUAGUUAAUGAAGGAUUAUCAUCAAAUGAUGAAUUGCCAAUUAUUUCUUUAGAACAUUCUGAUAAUGAUGAAAGUAAAGGAACAAUCUAUAACUAUUGA